AGUCCUCUCGCGAAUUGUGCUCAGUGAAGGUGAGUCGACGUUAUCGCACAAUAAACCAACGGUACUGACGAGACAGGUGGAAACUGUCAUCUUUUGGCGAUAAAAAGAGAAAUUGGUUUGGGUCGUGAAAGUGUUAGUGAUAAUCACGACGGAGAUGAGCAUAGACAGACUGGAAUGUUCUGGGUUCUCCGGAGGAUAGUGAACCUGACAAGUCAUGUUAGAAGUAUUAGCAAGUGUCUCCCAUUUUGCAGUGACUGGGCCAGCCUUGGUGUCCGUCCUUCUGGCCUGUUCGGUAUUUCUGGUGAGUCUCGGAGCCGUGACAUGCUUCUGCUACAAGAGGCGGGAACAGAGCAAAGCAGCCAGAGGCCGAGGAAGACCUUUGGCAUUCACGAGAAGACCAGCUGCUGUACGAAGCCCGGCCACCAACACUCACUAUCUCAAAAAGACACCGAGUCCGACUUCAAGACCGCCUUCAGCUAGUCCUAUCGGUUCUGGAAGUAAUUCUCCAAGUGGUGCCACGACGCUUCUGCAGUCUGCUAAAUCUUCACCAGGAACAAGUCCUACAUGCGAAGAUCCGACAAGUUCUGUCAUCCAAGGAGCAGAGUUAGACACUUCUGUAGCUAAGUUACAUACUGAAGAUGAAAUUCGGGAACAUUCUUCACUGUCGACCAAGGAUGAAAUAGAAAAUGGCGAAAAGGAAUCUUGUCUAUCGAUUCCAACUUCUGGAAAACUGGGGCAGCUUAUUUUCAAAAUCAGAUACAAGAAAGAGAAGAGUACAUUGGUUGUGAGCGUGGUAAAGUGUAAGGACCUGCCUGCCAAAGACCCUAACGUCGGAAGCAGUGAUCCUUACGUUAAACUUCAACUACUCCCGGAAAAGCAGCACAAGGUAAAGACAAGAGUUCUGAGGAAGACCAGGAAUCCCGUUUAUGAUGAAGACUUUACGUUUUACGGAAUUAGCAUUCAACAACUUCAAAAUAUCACCUUGCAUUUCGUGGUUUUGAGCUUCGAUCGAUACUCCCGGGAUGAUAUUAUCGGUGAGGUCUUCUGCUCUUUGGACACUGUGGACGUAGCUCAAGCCGAGAAUCAACAAAUGUCUCUAUGCCGGGAAAUCCAACCGAGAAGUCUUAAGAUCAAAUCUCAAGGAAGAGGAGAGCUAUUGGUAUCACUCUGCUGGCAACCGGUUGUUAACAAACUUAGCGUCGUCGUGCUCAAAGCCAGGAACUUACCAAAAAUGGACGUGACAGGGCUUGCUGAUCCGUAUGUCAAGAUGUACCUCAUGUAUAACGGACAACGAAUCGCCAAGAAAAAGACCCAUGUGAAGAAACGUACGUUAAAUCCUGUUUUUAACGAGAGCUUCGCAUUUGAUAUUCCACAGGGAGCUGAAUCACUGGAUAAGACAAAUCUUGAGUUUCUUCUUCUGGACUGGGACAGAGUUACCAAGAACGAGGUAAUCGGCCGUUUGGAGCUGGGAGGGGUGAAGAGUUCACCGUCGGCACAACACCACUGGAACGAGGUCAGGAACUCCCCGAGGAGGCAGAUCGCCGAGUGGCACAAGCUCAGAGAGUGAGCGCAUCUCCAGAACAAAGAAAAUAUCUGUUUAAAUUAAGCUUGUAUCUCAAAAAAAAAUUGUCAUCAACAACCUUCAUGUGUACAGUCCCUGGCAAGGAUCUGUGUCACGAGUUUUUGAAUUAUUAUAAAGCGGUUUCCGUUUUUGUUAUUUUUCAUUUCGGGAUCAUAGUGACAUGAUGAAGAACUGUUAAAUUGAAGAAAACAGUAAUAAAAUUAACGAAAAUGGGAAAAGAUCUAAAUUUAAAUAUAGUAAUAAUAUUUUGU